AUGGAAGCUUGUCAGAUAGUGGGUAUGGUGAUCUUAGCUGUAGCUGGAGCAAUUGUGGUAAUUAUUACGGUGGCUGUCGCUGUUGGCCGGCUUGGAAGUGAAAAGGAGAUGCCACCAUCCCAUUCCCAUCAUUCCGAUGUCGAGAAACGCCGUCAAAAUGCAACGCGACCACGAGGGAUAGUAGUGCAUUGA